AGAAUAAUUUGGAAAUCGCCGCCGCCUGCGGCUGCCACCUCCUCCUCAGUCUGAGAGAGAAACCCUUCGACGCUCCAAUCAUCCAAACCCACGCGCCGCCCCCACCACCAAAAACAUCAGUGACACAUCGCAGCUCACCACUAUCUCCCCACCCUUUUUGUCGUCAGCCACAAUUAUCAUUACUCUGUUAUCCACCCAAAAUUCCCCAGAAAAAGGAGAUCUGAUUAACCGAUUCAUUUCUAAACCCCUGAAAUAUCCUAAUUAUAUUUAUGAAUCCAACUCACCUGAACCAUAGAUGGGAGGAGUAACAUCAUCAAUCGCUGCUAAGUUCGCCUUCUUCCCACCUACUCCGCCGUCCUACACGGUGGAAUCCGACGAAUCUUGCGGCGGCCAGCUCUUUAUUCCCGAGGUUCCCAGAAGGGAAGGCGUCGACGUCUUGAGACUUCGAACUAAACGAGGCAACGAAAUCGUUACUGUACAUAUAAAACACCCAAAAGCUUCUGCUACACUUCUCUAUUCACAUGGUAAUGCAGCCGAUUUGGGUCAGAUGUUCGAGCUUUUUGUCGAACUGAGCCUUCGUCUUCGUGUUAACCUUGUUGGCUAUGACUACUCUGGCUACGGGCAAUCAACCGGAAAGCCAUCCGAGUGUAACACAUAUGCCGACGUUGAUGCAGUAUAUAAAUGCCUCAAAGAAAAAUACGGAGUUAAAGAUGAUCAACUAAUUGUAUAUGGUCAAUCUGUCGGUAGCGGUCCGACCAUCGAUCUUGCAUCACGUAUACCGGAUUUAAGAGGCGUGGUUCUACACAGUCCGAUCCUUUCUGGGCUUAGGGUGCUGUAUCCCGUCAAACGAACCUAUUGGUUCGAUAUUUAUAAGAACAUCGAGAAAAUCGGUUCGGUGAAUUGCCCGGUUUUGGUCAUUCAUGGAACAGCGGAUGAAGUAGUCGAUCAUUCUCAUGGGAAACAGCUAUGGGAGCUUUGCAAGAACCAGUACGAACCGUUGUGGCUUACCAAUGGCGGACAUUGCAACCUCGAGUUUUAUCCCGAGUUCAUCCGACACUUGAAAAAGUUCGUUUUGGCUCUCGGAAAGUCGAAAACACCAACCAACGCCCCAAAAAACUUGACAUCAGACGUCGAGAAUCAAAAGAAAGCAUCCGAAAGCGGCACAACGGGAGACACGUUCGAGUUGCGGCCCGACCUUCCGGAUGUUUCUAGAAAUAGCUUAGAUAGCAGACUAGAGAAGUCAAAGAAGUCAAACAAGCCCGAGAAGUCUCGAAUGAGCGUUGACAUUUUUAGGAGGCGAAAGGGCUUGGUUUGGUGAUGCUUUUCGAGCAAGUUUCAUGUGGGAUUGAAUCUUGACGCUGAUACACAUAUAAGAAAAGGUAACUUGUUACUCAAGUUUCGCCGUUUUAUGAGCGGUUGGUGUUGAUUUGUUAUAAAAAGUGAUUGUUUGUGCAAGUAUACCACCUCGAAACCAACUGUGUUAUGACCCUCGGGGCUAUGUUAUUCUUAUUAGUAUUAAUAUGUGUCGAAAAUCCUUUGUAUGUUAUUGAACAUAGGUCACAAGGUAUUCGCUUCUCGAGUUUUAGUUAUCUUUCGUUUUAGCCCUCUUUUUCGUCAUGUAAAAUGAACAACUGUUUUGGAAUAUGAAACGGUAUUGAAGUUUCUUC